AUGGUCGUUGAUAAGUGUGCAUUGCCAUGUCCAUACUUCCUCUGGCCACAACAAAAGAUGAACAUAUUGUUAAACAUUCAAGUUGCUACCAACUCUUUCAACCUGGUACUCAACAUCCUACUACUCAUACUAUUUGGCAUCCUGGCCCGUGAGAUGACCAUCAGAAUGGAGAUCAUCUUCUCCUUCAUCCUUUGUUCCACCAUUUGCAGGAUAUCAUAUUUAUUGGCACCAUAUCAAGAGAUGACAUGUACCAGCGAUAAAGGAUGGAUGGUACAGAGGGAUGCUAUGUGCGGUGUUGAUGGUGCAUUCUUCCAGUUUGGAUCACUUGAGAAGAUGGCCAUUCAAAUAUCAUCGAACAGGAUGUUGGAUAGACAAAAGUUAUAUUUGGCAAAUCAUUGCUUUCCAUUUAUAUUCUGUAAGUCAUCAAUCAACAUCCAAACCCUUACCCUCACCCUUGCCCUAACCCUUGCCCUUGCCCUCACACAAUCAUAUAGAUAUACCAAAUUGUCAGAUCAAAGAAGAUGUUGUAUUAUAAUGUCAAACAAGUAA